GUCCUUGAAAACAAAUGCAACGGAGUCCAUCGAUAUCAUCUUGCCAAGCCCUGUGAAAUGAGCGCAGCUUCGUCGAGGUUGCUAUGCCACGCUUGUUCGACGCUAACUUUCUUUCACCGCAUUUUAAUAACAAUAGCAGAUGGAACCUCUGUAAUGAUAUUGUGGAGUGUGGGACCGACAGGGAGUCCAGUUCUCUACUCUACUUUCACCACACGUACCGGUCAAUUUACAGCACGCUGUAUUGUCUAGUGAGGUGUCCGGCACACUAGGUUUUGUGAAGGAGCAUGUUGGUUUUGCUUCUUGGACUUCUCCUUUCGAUCUUUCCCACUCUUUUGUUUGCUGAAGAUUUCUCGAUACCAUCCGCAUGGCGUAAGCCAACCUCGGACCGCACAUUUUCAGAGAGAGCCAACAUAUCUCAGGCCGUCAUUGACAGUAUCGUUCUUCUCUUUAAUGCGUCCACGGGCCAGCUAGAUGUACACACAAUCCGCCAACUUGUUAUGUGCCAUUGCGCUUCACGACUUCAUCGCCGGAAACAAGGCGAACGAAGCUGCUGCCGCCAAUCCUCUCGAGACCGUCUUCCAGCUUCAUCCAGGAUAUUACCAGCCUCCAAAUUGAAUACUGAUCCUCUAAAUUGGGCGCUGGCUGCCAUCUAUGCUUACCGAGCGUAUGGUGAAGCGUAUCUUCUUAAUAUCGCGCAGUCUGUGUGGGACCAGACGAAUGUUUAUGCGAUAACUAAGAGCCAGGCUUUCGAUGGAUUGCAUCCCAUGAAAAAUGUCACAUUUCCUGGAAAAUGCGGAGACUCUUCAGUCGCGGGCGGUGUAUUUUAUAUCGUCGAUAACCUUCAGAAUACUGAUGUUAAUGGUGCCACUGUUGGAGGCUUUAUGGCACUAUCCGCACACCUGUACGAAGCCACUAAGGACGAGAAAUAUGCCACCGCAGCGGAGGCUUCUGCGGAGUUCAUCCGGACAUUCAUGUACAAUGGGACCAUUAUUAUCGACACGAUUACGUUGGCCACGUGUGCCGUCAGUACGCUGCCUGUGACGUACAAUUCUGGGUUUUUCAUCGAAGGUGUGAGUGUUUUGGCGGAUGUCACCCAGAACACCACUUGGAAUCUUUUCCUAAACCAAUUGAUCGCUGAUACUAUCAAGUUUCCUAUUUGGACUGGAUCGGAUGGGAUCCUGAUAGAAAGGGCCGGGGAACCAAAGGACGCUCUGACGAAUAGUUUUGGCAAGGCGCUCAAGGGUAUCUUCAUCCGAGGCUUGUACGAAGCAUGGACUCGAGCACCCAGCAACUCAGAUGUUGCCACCCUUAUCAGGCGUUUUAUAGUUGUUCAGUACAAUGCACUUCUCGAUCUGGCGAGUGCUCCUGGGAGCAAUCUAUACUCCCCCAGAUUGCAUGGGCCUCCCGUUGAUCACCUCUUACCCUGGGGUCAAUUGGCCGCCCUUGAUAUCCUUAACUCAGCAAUGAGCUUUGCACCCAGAUCUCAGGACAAUACCACAAGCAGUUCGCCGCCCCCUUCAACGGAUUCCGACUCACAUAAGAGUGUCAACAAAGGUCUCAUUGUCGGGGUCACCAUUGGUGCUAUUGCGCUAGUAGCUAUCAUUGCUGCGAUCGCCUUCUUCCUAUGGCGGCGCAGAAAGCGUUCGGAGUAUCAAAGCACGUACGGCCGAGCAAUUCUUGACCCUCCGGAACCCUUCGAUGUGUCUCAACCCGUGGAUAUGUCUCAGGUGUUACCACCUACCACAAGUUCAUCGGCACCAAGGAAUCCUUCAUCUGAACCUCUUCUACUACCGACUAUAUCCUCAACAAACACGAUGACACCACCCUCUGAGAAACGCGGUGCUCCAUUUGUUCUCACGUAUACACCUCGGGUUUCGUCGACAAGCCGAGACGAGAAUGCUAGUUCGGACCAAGGAUCUUCGCGACCUUCCGCACCUUCGACUCGUGUGACGGCGGACGACAAUCCUGAUUCAAUCCCGGAACUGGUGCAAAGACUCAAUCGUGCAAUGGCAAACCUUCCUCCUGGAGGUCGUGGAACGAGCGUGACAGAAGAGGAGCCUCCUCAGUACGAGCCUACUAGUUAGCUGACUAUUUUCAUGUUUGCGUGUAUACCAUUACGGGGACAGUUAUUUAUUUUGUAGUUAGUGUCAUCAAAGUUGCAUCCAGUGAAGUCAAACAGUUCGCGCGUCGUACUCUUGCUCACACUCGAAAAUCACCCAGACGUUGAGGCAAGACAACUCCACGCGUGCAUGGCCAUCACCGCUGUACAUUUGUCCGCGGACGUAUAGGUAUCGCACUGUAACGGCUCUCUGCAGUUCCCCAGAAGGCCCCCCCCCAAUCUUGUCAUUCGACA